ACUUUGCUGGACGUAGAACUCAUACGGCAGGACUUCCCCAUACUCAAGCGGGAGGUCAACGGACACCCGCUUGUCUAUCUGGACAACGCGGCCACUACCCAGAAGCCCCGGCAGGUAAUCAAUGCGCUCGUGGAUUUCUAUGAGCAAAACAACGCCAAUGUCCAUCGCGGCGUCCACACGCUGAGCAUCGAGUCGACCGACAUGUACGAGCUUGCGAGGACAAAGGUGCAGCGGUUCAUCAAUGCCCCUUGUCCGGAGUCGGUUAUCUGGACGAGGAACACCAGCGAGUCGAUCAACCUGGUGGCUCACACCUGGGGGCGCGCCAACCUGAAGCCCGGCGACAACAUCGUCACGACUGCUAUGGAGCACCAUUCCAACAUCGUGCCGUGGCAACAGCUUACGCAGCAGACCGGCGCGGAACUCCGUUUUAUCCCGGUCGGCGAUGACGGCUACCUACAAAUGGAAGUCGCCCAGGGCCUCAUCGACGACCGAACCAAGAUCGUGGCCGCGGUCCACGCGUCUAACGUUCUCGGCGUAAUCAACCCGGUGUCCGAACUGACGGCCCUGGCCCGCUCGGUAGGCGCGGUGAUGUUGGUGGACGCGGCCCAGUCAGUGCCGCACAUGCCCAUCGACGUGCAGUCGCUCGACUGCGACUUCCUGGCAUUCUCCGCGCACAAGAUGCUUGGCCCAACCGGCAUCGGCGUGCUUUAUGGCCGCCCGGAGCUGCUGGAGUCGAUGCCGCCGUUUCUCUACGGCGGGGACAUGAUCAUCGAGGUUACCUACGAGGACGCACGCUGGAAUGACUUGCCGUACAAGUUCGAGGCUGGGACACCCAAUAUCGCCGACGCCGUCGCCACCGGCGCGGCGGUCGACUACCUGACCGAUCUCGGGAUGGAGCGGAUCGCCGCACACGAACGGGACUUGACGGCAUACGCGCUGGAACGAAUGGCCGAAAUUGAGACCGUAAAGAUUCUUGGCCCGACCGACCCUUCAGCGAGAGGGGCCGUCAUUUCGUUCGUGCACGACACACUGCAUCCGCAUGAUCUGGGCACAGCGUUGGACAGCAUGGGGAUAGCCAUCCGCACCGGCCACCACUGCGCCAUGCCGCUGGGGUACGCAGCUACGGGGUGGUAG